AUGGGGUCAGAUAUGCCCCAGCAGUUUGACGACGUUUUAACCGAGUUGUUGAUUGAUAAAAUCAACCUAUGGUUCAAAACGUUUAAACUAAAUCCAAAUUAUAGCGAAACGGGUGUUUUGCGAGAUGUUCUUGUCGAUCUCGUUCAACGCCAUGUCAUCCAACCUAACAAAGUUACUAGCGCAGCGAGGGAGUUGCUCAAGAUUCCUUCGGUUCGUGAAGCUGCUGGUGUUUCUGCUGAGAAUGAAAGAGAAUUCAUAUCACAUGCAAAUAGAUAUUUCGAAAUGUACUUACCAAAUGCAGGUUGUGAAAUAGCAGAAACGCCGCGUUAUUCUGGUUCUGACAAACGAGAAGCAUGUAUAAUAGCAACAAAAAAAUGGCAAGCUGGUGAUGAAAUCAGAUUCUGCACUGGGGUUCUGGUUCCUAUCACAAGUGAAGAAGAAAGAGCUCUUGAAGGCGGACGAGAUUUCAGUAUAAUGUGGUCGACCAGAAAAGAUUGUAUGUGUUUACUUCUUGGGCCAGCUAGGUUUGUCAAUCAUGAUUGUAAUCCAAAUACACAUUUUAUUGCGACUGGGCAAAACACGAUCUCUUUUAAAUUACUCAGAGAUGUGGCAGUAGGCGAAGAGCUAACGGCUCAUUAUGGCGAAAAUUAUUUCGGCCAAGGCAAUGAAGAAUGCCUUUGUGUUACUUGUGAACAGAAACAAACUGGUGGCUUCAAGAAGGUCAGAGAUGAUACUGAGGAAGACACAGCCUAUGAAGGUUUAAGGCCUUUUGUAUAUAACGAUGGCAGGCUUGUGAGGCGCAGCAUGCGUCGGAACAAAUCUAUUCAUUUUAAUAACACUAGCAAAAGUAAAUGUAAACCCGCUCGCGUUAAUAUCAAAACUAUGGAGAUUACCGACGACGAAGACUUAGUAGAAAAUUCAAGCUUGGCUGAUGCAUUUUCUAAGAGAAAGAAGGGUGGCUUUGUAAGGAAUUUAAAUCAAGUUAAUUUACAAUUGCAAAACACUUCUGAUACAAUUUCUGCUCAACAGACAGAAUCCUUGUCACCAACACCAAUGGGUAUUGAUAUUGAUACUACUGCGAAUGAUCGUGUCACUUCCAUGCGAACACAAAUGAACGUUUACGAUCGCAUUCCACUUGAACGUCCCGUUUCUACUAGCAUACAACCUACCGUUAAUACUAAUUCUCCAGGACGUACUACCUCCACUAUCAGGAUAGAUGGCAGAAAUGGUCGUCCUGUAAAUUCGUCAUCUAAUACGAGAAAACGAACAUUUUUGGAACCUAUGAGUUUUAGAGCAAUGUUCUCGGCAACUCGUAUGCGCCCUAAUACGUCUUUUGAAGCGAUGAUGAACCCUUCUAGCAAAACAACCCAAACUGUUACUUAUUCGAGCGAUCAAUCAAGAAUUAAUUUAUCAUCAACUACAGUAAUUCAAGGAAACAAUUAUCAACCAUCAAAUAUUUCUAAUACAUCAAACAUAGAAAGCCGAGAUAGCAGUUCUACGUCAUCUCAGCGACCUAGCAGAGAACCUGAAAUUUUAUUACAUUCUACUUUAACAGAUUCUAGGGCAAACCAGGAUAUUACAACCGGACUUUCGAUUCAAUCUAAUGUAAUAAGUGAACAAUCGUCAAGAACAGCGCCAAAUUUCGAUCUUCAUAUAAGUCGUGGUAUUAAUCCUAUGUUAUCAAAAUUUCCUCGAUCAUCCAAUGAUAACAGACGAUCAUUUACGAAUAUUGAUGCAAGUAAUAAUAAAUCGAAUCCAGUUUUUAAUCUGCACGAAUCUGAAUCAAUGCAUACUACUGGAACCAAUAUCCACAAUCAUGGAGAAAAUACUACUACACCAAGGUAUAUUGUGGCUAACCAAAAUAAAAAUCUUGGAUUUAGUAGGCAGUGUAUAGCAUCGAAAUCGCCAUCUGUCUGUGAGAUAACGGGAUUUACUAAACCUCGGCCGAUAAAUUCACUUGAUCCAGAAUCGGGUGUAAGGUUAUCGGCUAAUCCAAAACUUAGAAUUUCUUGGGGGAUAGAGACAUCCCGACAAUUUUUAUUACCAGAGAAUAAAGCUUCGUGGCGUGGUCUAUCAAACGCAUAUAAUGGGACAGAAAACAGAUCGCGAGUCUCUAAUAGUAAUACUUCGCGAAUGUCAAUUGCUUAUUUAUGUAGCGGUGAUUUGUCUUGUCAAAAUGGCAUUUUGACUUCAUCGCGUAAUGAAAAUAGUCAAAAACCACCUUCAAAUUUCAAUGAAAAGCACAAUGAAAAGCAUAAUGAAAAGCAUAAUGUGAAAAGAUAUUGCCGAGUAUGUCAUGACAAAUUUGCGCCACUUCCGAUGGAUACAACUUCUUAUAAAUGUCCAAGGUGCUCGCGACAUUUUAGUUUAUAUAACCUUGAAUGGCCGUUGCGAAAACAACCUAAAGAAAAAGGGAAAGCCAAAGAGACUAAGAAUCGUGGUGAUGCUGCAAAUCGACGAGAAAAAAAAGCAACUUCAAUGGCGACGAUGAUGACGAUUACCAACAACAAUAACAAAGGAAAGGCUAAAGUGGUUAUACCUGCAACGCCUGCAACCCAUGCUGGAGACAAGAAAGAACAUAACGAAAGAAUGCAGGCGAUAAUUUUUGCAGAAAGCGACAUGGAGUGGCUCCCUCUUCCCGGUAUUGAUAAAGAGAAAUUUGAAGUAGGCGAGGAACAGCCCACCGCUGGAAGAGCUUUCAGCGUUUCGAUGAAACGCAAAAAAAACGAAAAGUCAACCAUUAGUGAAGUAUGGUACAAACCAUUCCUAAGAUGGAGCACCAGUACCGGAUAUGUGCACUUAAACUCAGUCUGGCGUUACAUUGAGAACCAUACUUCGGACGAUAACAAUAACAACAAUCUGAGAGCGAUAAAAAAGAAAGUUUGUAAAACAUCUCAGAGCGACUUCGAAGAAAACGAUUUCCGUGCUGCAUCCUUACAGGGAGGUUAUGCAACUUUUCAGGGUGACUGGGUUCCAUAUGAAGACGCCCAGAAGAUCGUCGAAGAACUCGGUCACUCCGAGUUACUUCAAAAGUUUAUUUUGCCUCCCAGCGAGAAUGUGACUGCGACCCCGUCUGCUCCUUUGGAAGUCGUUACCUUUAAGAGGAGUUAUGAGGAAAUAGAUGCAGAGGAUUCUGAUGUCGAACCUUCGCAGAAAAAGAUACAAUCGAUCGUUCCAUAUCAACAGCAUUCAUCGUUGGCCGUGGACUACAUUGCAGAAAAACAAUAUCUCGGUUCUCUUUGCCAACAAGAGUAUUGGACUUAUACAGCUUGUAUAAUCUUCUUGAGGCCAUCUUUUCUUUUCGUGAUGAGUUAUCCAUUCAUUGAAUGCUAA